UGUUUAGUGGAACAUCAAUGGUCGAUGUUGGUCAGUAGAAUCACGGGUGAUGGAAACUUUAGCUGUAGUAGAAUUGUGAAUGUACCACAGCGAAAAAGUAUAUUGAAAAAUUCUAAGUAUGAAAUCUAGAGUGUGCAGUGUCCUGAUUUCGUUUUGCUUGCACUUGGUCUUCCAACGAUCUGAUGGUGCCACGGAAGAAAGGUUUCCUGUAGCAAAAGGGUUCCUGGCAUAUAGAACCGUUUCGACGUUUCAGAAAUAUUGCACCUGUCCAACGUCUUAUUCGUGUACCUGUUGCCAAAGUGUAUUUAUUUUGUACACCCAAUCUCAGAAGAAUCUUUGCGUUAAUUUUACCUAUCAGAGAAACGGCUUAAACAUCGACGUGACAUUAAACUCCGAUACUAUAAAGGCCAGAACAGUUACAAAUUAUAAACCAUUAAAGUUUUGCACCAAUAUACCAGGAUGUUACUUCUCGUCUGCUUGCGUGAAUAUUUUGGAACUGAAUAAAUUUCCCAGAUCGAUCACAGCUUGCCUUCGAUUGGAUAUCUCCUCCAAGAAACGACUGUGGCAAUUGAAUUACGAUUGUAUUAGCAUAUCAACGGAGUUACCAAUGAUGCCGAGUAAUUCAACAAUAUCAAUGACCAAUGCAACUACUGCAAUGCCUACAACAACUACCGGUGGAAUGACAACUAUAAUGUCCAGCAUUGAAAUGACGAUGACUACGACAAUGAUGUCCAUGAAGACUGUAGCAGAAACUGAAGAAACUACUGUACCAGGAGAUGUAGAAGUGUUACCGACCACAGAAAUUAUGGACAUCGAUUAGAUAAUUAAAAUGAUGUAGUAGUUGGUAGAUUAAAUAAUAAUGCACACUAAAUAGAGAGGUAUCUCUUACAAAAUACAACUUGAUUGGGAAGGAAUUUUAUU